UUUUUCAAAACACGCACCAACCAAACAACCCCAAAAUCUCACAAAAUCAAUCGCGCUUUGACGCCAAGAAGGCCAAGGGUGGAAGAACAUCGCCCUCCCCCUCGCCCAUGGCCACCACUGCCCCUGCUCCUGCGCCGGCGCCCAGGCCGGCCAUGUCACACUCCUCCGCCUUCCUCCUCCCCGCGUCGUCGUCGUCGGCGGCGGCGGCGGCACCCGACGGCGCCGCCUCGUACGUGCUCGUCGUCCUCAACCAACCGCUGCCCCGCUUCGCGCCGCUCCUCUGGGACCGCGCGCAGGUGCGGGUGUGCGCGGACGGUGGCGCCAACCGCCUGUUCGACGGCAUGCCGAAGCUGUUCGGAGUCGACGGGAAGGACGCCGAGGAGGAGGCUCGCCGCAGAUACAAACCAGAUGUAAUCUUAGGUGAUCUGGACUCGAUUCGACAAGAAGUGAAGGAAUACUAUUCCGAUAUGGGCACCGCAAUCGUCGAUGAGUCACAUGACCAGGACACAACCGAUUUACACAAAUGUGUAGCUUUUGUAACCGAGAAUCUGGCCAUCCCCAACAAAUCUAAUCUAUGUAUACUUGUCCUUGGGGCCCUUGGUGGAAGGUUUGAUCACGAGAUGGGAAACAUCAAUGUGCUUCAUGUCUUUCCAAACAACAGGAUCAUACUCCUGUCAGAUGAUUGCUUGAUAUUUCUGCUGCCAAAAACACACGCUCAUAACAUCCACAUUGAACAUUCUAUUGAGGGUCCUCACUGUGGAUUGGUUCCCAUCGGCGCGCCUUCGACUACCACCACAACCAAUGGCCUCCGAUGGAAUUUAGAUAAUGACAGGAUGAACUUUGGUGGACUUAUUAGCACAUCAAACAUUGUGGAAGAGGAGAGUGUUUGUGUUACAGUCAUCUCAGAUUCUGACCUGAUCUGGACAAUAUCGCUCCGGCAUGUUUAGCAGGAUUGUACCAUACUGUUCCAAAUUUGUACCGUAUAUUUUACGUCGUUGAGUUGUACCUCUUGUAGAACAGCGAAAUCAUCCAUUGCAUUUGAUGCCACUAUAAACGUGGUGAAAUGUUAAUAUGUAAUUUGAGGAUUUGGCAUAUCUUAUAUACGUAUAUUUGUACUGUAAUUGCACAAAAAUAUUUAUGAAGACGUUACCAAAUUCUUGUGAUGUAAAGAACCACUUGUUAUU